AUGUACCCUGGGCCCUGCUCACCCUGUAUCCCAGGCCCUGCUCACCAUGUACCCCGGGCCCUGCUCACCCUGUACCCCAGGCCCUGCUCACCCUGUAUCCCAGGCCCUGCUCACCCUGUACCCCAGGCCCUGCUCACCCUGUACCCCAGGCCCUGCUCACCAUGUACCCCAGGCCCUGCUCACCCUGUACCCCAGGCCCUGCUCACCAUGUACCCCAGGCCCUGCUCACCCUGUACCCCAGGCCCUGCUCACCCUGUACCCCGGGCCCUGCUCACCAUGUACCCCCAGGCCCUGCUCACCAUGUAUCCCAGGCCCUGCUCACCCUGUACCCCAGGCCCUGCUCACCAUGUACCCCCAGGCCCUGCUCACCAUGUACCCCGGGCCCUGCUCACCAUGUACCCUGGGCCCUGCUCACCCUGUAUCCCAGGCCCUGCUCACCCUGUACCCCAGGCCCUGCUCACCAUGUACCCCAGGCCCUGCUCACCCUGCAGCCACCUCCUGCUGCCAGAAUGA